UCAUUCAAAAUCCAGACACACAUAUGCACGGACGUAAACAAUCAAUUUCGACAUUUCUUCAUUUCGAAUUUUUCAUUUUAUUUUUUUAAAUGUUUACAAACUGUUGACUGAAUAGUUAAAAGUGAAUUUUAGACGUUUUUAAAAAUUGAAUUUUAAAACUUGGCCGAAAAUCAAGUUUUUAAAGUAUAGCUUCUUCCGUCAGUUCAAUUAUUACAUAAACAAAAAUGAGCGAGCUACCUUUGAAUUCAGUGGAAAAUACCCGUGAUAAUUUUAUAGAAGAAUUCGACAACAACGUGACUUCCAAGUCUCCGGUCAAGUUGUCAAUGACGGAACGAAAUGUCAUCGGCGGAUUGAAACAAUUGACUGAAUUGUUGUUUAAGCAACAUUAUAAACAAAAUCAAAAUGAUGAAAAUGACGUCACCCAAAGUGAAGAAUUUUUGCAAUCGGACGAAGUGACAACCAGCACAGAAUCAGAGCCCAAUUCGAGUGAUAUGCAAUCGGAUAAAGAAAACAGUGGAAAUUUUCAACGAUUUUUGGAUAAUGCAAUGGGAAACGGACACGCCGAAUCGUUUUGCGCCAUGGUGGUGAGACAAUUGACAAGUGCUGAUUCGAUUCAACACAGCGAAGAAUGGCAUCGCGGCCAAUUGGAUGCAUAUAAUAUGGCACGUCAACAUUUUUUCGAACGCAUUGAAUAGACGUGAUCACGAUGUGAUGCGAAACAUCUCACCAAAAAUCAAAUUGAUUCGUAAAAAAAGACCGCAAAUAAGUGUAACAUAAUAAGGUUUUGGAUAUCAUUUUGUCAUGAUUACUAUUUUGAUUCAUUUUUGGCCACAAUGGGCGUUUUUCUAAACUUUUUUACACUUGAUAUCAAAACUCAUUUCAUACAGUAUUUAUUUUAACAGCAUUUUU